GCUGCGCUUCCAAAGGGGUACUAUACUAGCCGCUUUUUUAUCGGAAGCUAUCUUGCUACAGGCCUCGCCAUCAUGUGUGGUACGGGUGCCUUUGGCUUCGCUGCUCCAAUUCUUGGCACUAUCAACGCAGACAUCGGCCCAGACGAUCGAUAUGUAUGGAUCUCGCUUGUAUACAACGCGGUUUUAGCAGUGUUCUUGUCCCCAGUCGGAAGAUUGAGCGAUAUUUUCGGACGCCGAUACUUCUUCAUUGGUGGUGCUGUCGUGGCCAUUGUGGGCAGCGCGGUCUGUGCCACUGCAAAGGAUAUCCCUACACUAAUUGGUGGAAAUGUCCUCCUUGCGGCAGCUACUGCCACCCAACUCAGUUUCCACUUCGUCAUCGGAGAACUGGUGCCUAUGAAACAUCGGUAUCUCGCUAUUGGAAUACUUUACGCCUUCACAUACGGAAGCUCCGGCUUUGGUCCGGUUAUAUCGGCGAGCUUUGUGACACACUACCCUAGCGUCAGCUGGCGCGGAGUGUACUGGCUCUUGCUCGCCAUGAACAUCGCGGCUUUCAUCUGCUGGACUGCGUUCUACUUCCCUCCGACCUUCGACGACAAGCAUAAGAAUGAUGAGAACCGCAGCAAGAUGUACUGGCUGAAGCACUUCGAUUGGAUCGGUACCUUUUUGUUUGCGGCAGGUUUCAUCGUCUUCUUAAUGGGGCUAAGCUGGGGUGGAUCUGUUUACCCCUGGAAGUCAGCCGCGGUUAUCGCGGCCAUUGUCAUUGGCUUCGCCGUCCUCGUGGUAUUCGUCCUCUACGAAAUCUACGCACCCAUCAAAGAGCCCCUCAUCCCUAUGCAUCUCUUCCUAAACGGCCGCUGGGUCGCCGCCGUCGUACUCCUAGGUCUCGGCGCAGGAGUCUACUAUGCCUUCUCCAUCGUCUGGCCCGCCCAAGCAGCCGUCCUCUAUGGCAACGGCGCAACCAUACGUGUCGGGUUCAUGAGCACCAUCGUCGGAAUUGGCAUCAUUACUGGCCAGGUCAUGGCUGGGUUCCUUGCGGUCCGCAUCGGAAAGACAAGAUACCAGUGCAUGACUGUGUUCAUCAUUGGUGGUAUCUUCUUGGGCUGUGCGGCUGUUGCGAAUCCGGACAACGAGGCUACCACUAUGGCUAUGAUCUUCCUUGGUUGCGUCUUCAUCGGUUGGAACGAAUCUAUCUGCCUCGCUAACGCCACUAUCCUUGUCCGCGAUCAGCGAGAAAUCGGUGUUGCGGGUGGAACAGCGGGGUCAGUGCGCGCUGCUAUCUGCGCUGUUCUCGUUGCCAUCUACGUUUCGAUCAUGACCAAUCGUCUGGGGGAGACCGUGCCUGCGCAGGUUCCACCGGCCCUGAUCGACGCCGGUCUUCCGGCCGCCAGCGUACCAGCCUUCCUACAAGCUUUGUCGCUCGGCUCUCAGGCACUACAGGCAGUACCUGGGAUCACAGACCAGAUCCUGGCGACUGGGUACAGGGCGUACCAGGACGCAAGUGCAGAUGCAUAUAGGACUGUCUAUUUGGCGACGAUUGCAUUCUCUGCACUUUCGAUUAUUCUGACUUGGUGGGCGCCAAAUACGGACGAUCUGAUGAGUGGAAAGGUGGCCGCUACGCUGCACCAUGAAGCGGACCAUAUUAAUGAGAAGAGUGUGGAGGAG